AUGAAGGUACCUAAUGCUCUAACGCGAAUUUGGUUGCAAAAAGAAGUUAGUAUUGCAUGGAUAAUGAUGCCAAAGCUACACGUUAAUGUGGCUGUUUAUCCAUAUGAUGCUUACUACAUAGUUAUCAAAUUUGAUUUGUUUUUAGAAGUAGAUUUACGAAACUUAUCGUCAUAUAGCUAUUAUAUAUUAAUAAGUGAUUCCGAAGAAGAACAAACCAGUCUUGAAACCUUACUCGCGAAUGGUUUGAUAAAUAGUGAUGGUGAAUUUGAGUUUAUCACUCCUACAAAUAAAGGCAGUUUUAUUAUUAAAAAUACAUAUCUCUGGACAUAUUUUGAAGCAUUCGAAGCUCUUACCAAAAACGAUAACGAUUUGGUUAGUUUUUUGAGCCUUGAACGUUCUCUUUUAAUCAACAUAAUUCGGUUGUUCGGCGAUAUAAUCGAAAAAGAGCCAAACUUGCUUUUUAUCGAAGAACCCUUGGUGAUAGUCGGCGACUUGCAUGGUCAGUUUUACGACUUACUCCACUUACUAGAAAUAACCAACGAUGUAUCGCAAGAUAAUAAGUUUUUGUUUUUGGGCGACUAUGUAGACCGUGGUUCUUUCAACAUCGAAACUAUCACGUUAUUAAUGAUACUCAAAAUAAAAUACCCCAAAUACGUUUGGAUGCUUCGUGGCAACCAUGAAAGUCGACAAAUGACAUCGUUUUUUAACUUCCGCGACGAAUGUUUGUUUAAAUACGAUUUGCUCGUUUACAACAUGUUUAUCGAAGCUUUCAAUAAAUUGCCUCUAGCUGCUAUAAUAAAUAGAACAAUUUUUGCCGUACACGGAGGUAUCAGUCCGUCAACAUGUGAUCGGAUAACAAUCCAAAAAAUAAAUCGUUUUGUCGAACCGCCCCAUAGCGGGCUGUUUUGCGACUUGCUUUGGGCUGAUCCCAUUGACCAAACUAGACAGCGUACGUCUUUCAAAACCGAGAAUUUCAUUGUCAACAACGUUAGAGGUUGUAGUUAUUUUUAUGGUUUCAAUGCAGUUCAAGAGUUUCUGCAGCAAAACAAUUUUCUCUGCAUUAUUCGAGCUCACGAAGCCCAAGCUCUCGGAUUUAAGCUCGGCAAAGAAAGCCCGGAAACAGACUUUCCCACUGUCAUCACUAUAUUCAGCGCUCCCAACUACUGCGACGUGUAUGCAAAUAAAGCUGCAUACAUGACCAUUCAGCAGAAUUUGAUAAACAUACAGCAGUUCUGCGCUGUUCAUCAUCCGUUUGUCUUCCCUGACUAUACUGAAUUGUUUCCAUGGAUGGUUCCUAAUUUAUCCAGUUAA